AUGUCAGCCUCCGAAUCACCUACUGCUACUCCUGACGAUCUUGCACAUACCAAUGCGCCAAUAGCCCACUCACUAACUCCUCCAGACUCCAAAGACCAUGAUGACAAACGAUUACCAACUGACAAAGAAGGCAUCCUGAAGGCAAAACUUGCAACCAAUCCAACUUCCAUUCUUACGUACUUGGAAUUAAUUCAGUAUUACGAAUCUCAAGAAAAUGACAUGCUUCCACAAAUUAGAGAAACGUUUACCAUCUUACAUGAUCGCUUCCCUCUGAUGUCAUUCUUAUGGACCAUCCAAUUGAAGAUGGAACUAUCUAGAGAUGAAUUUACCACCGCUGAAACCAUUCUCUCUAAUUGUCUUGCCGGCGACAGAGAGAACAAUGACCUUUCUCUGUGGGCGACUUAUUUAGAUUAUAUUAGAAGGAAAAAUAACCUGAUUACUGGUGGUCAAGAGGCCCGUGCUACAGUUAUCAAAGCAUUUGAGUUGGUGGUUGAUAAAUGUGCUGUUUGGGAACCUCAAUCUGGUCAAUUUUGGAUUGAUUACUUGGGAUUUUUAGAAAAUUGGAAGCCUGUAAAUAAAUGGGAAGAACAACAAAAGGUUGAUAUGUUAAGGAAAGUUUACAAGACUAUGCUUAGUGUCCCAUUCGAUUCCCUGGAGAGAAUGUGGAAUAAAUAUACUCAAUGGGAGCAAGAUAUUAAUUCAUUAACCGCCAGAAAAUUUAUUGGAGAACUAUCAUCAGAUUAUAUGAAGGCAAGAUCUUUAUUUCAAGAAUGGUCCAAUAUAACCAAAAAUUUAAAACGUGUUAUACCAAUGAGCUUACAAACUGUCAAUAAAAAUAACAUCCCACAAGAAGACACCUAUGAUCCACAACAAUUGCAAAUAUGGUUAAAUUGGAUUAAGUGGGAAUUAGAAAAUAAGUUACAAUUACCUGAGGACCAAUUAAGAUGUAGGAUACUAUAUGUGUAUAAACAAAGUAUUCAAUAUAUGGUUUUUGCUCCAGAAAUAUGGUAUCGUUAUUCCAUGUAUAUAACUGAUUUGUCCGAAAGAGAAAAGGUACUUUCAAUGUCCCUUUUGGCAAACCCUAGUUCACCUACAAUAACAUUCAAGAUGGCAGAAUGCUUUGAAUCCACAAAUCAAAUUGAAAAGAUUCAGUCAUGUUUUGAUAGUUGUACGCACGCAUUGUUACAAAAAUAUCAAUACAUUUCUAAAGAAUAUGAAAAACAAAAUGAACAGUCAACACAACUCAUAACAAAUGAUAUGGUACAAGAUACCAAACGUGAGUUGACCUUUGUUUAUUGCGUUUACAUGAAUACAAUGAAACGAUUAUCAGGUCUUUCAGCAGCACGUUCCAUAUUUGGUAAAUGUCGUAAACUGAAACGAAAAUUAACUCACGAUAUCUAUGUUGAGAAUGCCUAUUUGGAAUUUCAAAAUCAAAAUGAUUAUAAGACGGCUUGUAAAGUACUUGAAUUAGGAUUGAAAUAUUUCCAAACUGAUGGUAUUUACACAAACAAAUAUUUAGAUUUCUUAAUCUUACUUAAUAAAGAUGCUCAAAUCAAGACUCUUUUUGAAACUUCAGUGGAAAAAGUAGAUAAUUUAGAUCAGUUGAAACUAAUCUUUAGAAAGAUGUUAAACUAUGAAUCUAAAUUUGGUAAUUUAAAUAACGUUUAUUCACUAGAAAAGAAAUUCUUAGAGAAAUUCCCUGAUGAAAAUCUAAUCGACGUUUUUACUGAUCGUUAUCAAAUUCAAAAUGAGAAUCUAAUAAAGAGACUAGAGUUAACGUACCUUUACAAUUAUGAAGAUGCAAACAUGAGCAUACUACCAUCUAGUAAAAGGAAAUAUAAUGCUAUAAGUAGUUCUACAAUGGCUGAUAAUGAUAACAAUAACAGUAAUGCUAGAAAACGUAUGAGAUCAAACCAAGAACCAUUAAUUCCAAGUGAAAUUGUAGAGUUGUUAAGUAUCCUUCCAAAAAGACAAUAUUUUAAGAAUGCGUUAUUAAAUUCAAAAAAAUUGCUGAAUUUCUUAGAUAACCAAGUGGAAAUUCCAUCAAGUGAGAAGGAAGAAUCAUAA